AUGUUAGGAGCUGGAUUUCAGUUGACGAGAGGACGACACGGCGAGGACCCUUUUUACAGUUCGGCCAAAGCUCGUAGAGCCAACCAGCGCAUCGAUCAGCUGCGGAGAGCUCAGAGCGACGUCUCUAAUGGCCGAUCAGCUAAUUCCAAGGAAUGCGAGAACGAGUCCGCUUCGCAAAAAGUCGCUCCUUGCCUUGCUGCUUCUGAGCCGUCCGCUUCGUCGUCGAGUAAUCUCGAACGCUUUUUAGAGUCGGUCACGCCUUCCGUGCCGGCCCAGUAUUUAUCUAAGACAUCGCUACGAGAAAGAAGGGCUGAUGAUGAUGAUGAUAAACUUGUGCCUUACUUUGUGCUUGGAGAUAUUUGGGAGUCGUUUGCAGAGUGGAGCGCCUACGGCACAGGAGUGCCUCUGGUUUUGGAUAACAACAAGGACCGUGUUAUCCAAUACUAUGUGCCCUCCUUGUCAGGCAUUCAAAUCUAUGCUGAUACUCUUGCGUUAAGUGCGUCUCUUAAAGCAAGACGGCCAGGUGAUGGUAGCGACAGCGACUUCCGGGAUUCAAGUAGCGAUGCCAGCACCGAUAGUGAGUCUGAACGGGUUACUGCUAGAGUAGAGCAUAUCUCGUUGAGAGAGGAACAUCAGGAAGACUCAUCGAGUGAUGAUGGUGAACCUUUGAGCUCUCAAGGUCGUUUGAUAUUUGAGUAUCUUGAAAGAGACCUUCCCUACAUCCGUGAACCUUUGGCUGAUAAGGUCUCUGACCUUGCUGAACGGUUUCCCGAGCUGAAGACGCUAAGAAGCUGUGACUUGCUUCCUUCGAGCUGGUUUUCUGUGGCAUGGUACCCAAUUUACAGAAUACCCACAGGACCUACACUUAAGGACCUGGAUGCUUGUUUCUUGACGUACCAUUCCCUUCACACACCGUUUAGAGGUGAAGGAGGUGGUGCACAAGCAAUGAGCCUUGUGGACGGAAGGGAGAGUGCGAAGAUGUCAAUACCUGUAUUUGGGCUGGCUUCAUACAAGUUCAGAGGUUGUGUAUGGACAGCCAAUGAGGGCUCUGAGAACCCAUUAGUGAACUCCCUCUUCCAAGCUGCUGACAAGUGGCUGCGUUCAUGUCAUUUCCUCUUCGCCGCUGUGUUUAUCGUCUCUUUGAAAUUCCGUUUGAUUCGAGCUCGACAGAGACAGAGAUUGGAAAUCACAGAAAUGGCGGAAUCAAAGGUUGUAGUUCCGGAAUCGUUGCUGAAGAAGAGAAAGAGAGAGGAGGAAUGGGCUUUGGAGAAGAAGCAGAAUGCCGAAGCUGCGAAGAAGAAGAACGCUGAGAACAGGAAGCUUAUCUACAAGAGAGCCCAGCAGUACGAGAAGGAGUACUCCGACCAGGAGAAGGAGUUGAUCUCUUUGAAGCGUGAGGCUAAGCUGAAAGGAGGUUUCUAUGUUGAUCCUGAAGCUAAGCUCUUGUUCAUCAUCCGUAUCCGUGGUAUCAAUGCCAUUGACCCAAAGACCAAGAAGAUUCUUCAGCUCUUGCGUCUGAGACAGAUUUUCAAUGGAGUGUUCUUGAAGGUCAACAAGGCUACAAUGAACAUGCUUCGCCGUGUUGAGCCCUACGUGACUUACGGAUUCCCUAACUUGAAGAGUGUUAAGGAAUUGAUCUACAAAAGAGGAUACGGAAAGCUAAACCACCAGAGGAUUGCUUUGACUGACAACUCCAUCGUUGAGCAGGCUCUUGGCAAGCAUGGGAUCAUCUGCACUGAGGAUUUGAUCCACGAGAUCUUAACAGUGGGACCUCAUUUCAAGGAGGCCAACAACUUCCUGUGGCCGUUCCAGCUCAAGGCACCACUCGGUGGCCUCAAGAAGAAGAGAAAUCACUACGUUGAAGGUGGUGAUGCCGGAAACCGUGAGAACUUCAUCAACGAGCUUAUCAGGAGGAUGAAUUAG